GUGACAACUGACAAAUGUUGAGCGACACCGAGUAACAAAAUAAAAAUAAACAAAUAUUUUAAUUUAAAUAUUAGAACCUUAAAUAGAUUAAAAACUACAUUAAUUAAAUGAAAUAUUCUGAAUUGUUUUAUGUAAAUAAAUUGGCAUUCCAAUUAUUUUAAUGAAAGAGUAAAAAGUGAAAAUGGAAACACCUGAACAGACUCCAGAAAUCUUGCAAAGGAAACUUUACUUUUUGUUAGAACAAUUACAGGACAUGGCUAGAGAAUUACCACCAAAAUAUCAAAUGAGAGUGCCUAUUGAGCUCCUGUCAGGAUUAGCAAAUUGUCUUUUAAAUGAUACAGUUUUUGAAAUAGUGAAAGGAUUAAUGGAAAUACAACAUGUUACAGAAAAACAUUUAUUUCAACAAAGACUUCAAAUUAUUAAUAAUCACACAUUGGAAAUUCAAGAAAUGAUCAACACUACACCAAAUGCAUCACAACAAGAAAUUAAAAGAAAUUCAUUAUUGAAAAGACACAAGGACGAAUUAAAACAAACUGAUAUGAAAUUGGUUAUUCAAUUAGAUCAAAAAGUAAGCGACCAGCAAGAUACAUUAGAAAAGGCUGGAGUUCCUGGAUUUUUUGUUACUAAUAAACCCAUUGAAAUUAAAGUACAAAUGUACCUUUUAGAUUUUAUUUUAAGAUUAAGUAAAAUGGAUAUACCGUAAUCAUUCUAAUGUUCCAAUGAAAAUAAUGUAAUAUAUAUAUUAAAUCUUUUGCUUUUUUUAACAUAUAUUAAAAUUUGUCAUGUAUGCUUAAUUUUGUGAGCAAAACAUUACUAUACUAUACUAACACUUCAUUGAAUUCAAAUUGUACUUGCUACAUCUGUACUAUAAAAUAACUUUUAAUCCAUAUAAAAUAUAUAUUUACCAGGAAAAUAUUUAAAGUAAUGAAAAUUAUAUAAUAUAGCAGUACUUGGUAUUGUUGUGUUCCAGUUUGAAGGGUGAGUGAGCCAGUGUAAUUAGAUGCACGAGGGGCAUAACAUCUUAGUUCCCAAAGUUGGUGGCGCAUUGGGGACGUAAGUUAUACUUAACAUGCUUACAACGCCAAUGUCUACAGGCAUUGGUGACCACUUCCCAUCAAGUGUCCUAUAUGCUCAUCCGCCUACCUAUUCAAUAAAAAAAAAUAAGAUAUUUUUCUGAGAUAAAAUAAAGCUACACACUUCUAUAGAA